GAAAGAGAGUUAGAAGUUGCAAGCAGCAGCAGCCACAGUUGCUAAAAUGUGCAGUCAAUGCAGCUGACAGUUGCUGAGAAAUUUGUGUGAGCUGAGUUGUGGAACAUCUCUAUUAUUUCCAUUUCUGCUCAGACCCCUUAAAUCUUCUUCUUCCAUCUGUCUGAUUCUCCUCACACUCUGACCUUUUGGUGGCACAGCUCUUCCCUCAGCUUCCCUCCUCUUUCUCACCUGAGAGCUUACCUGCUCACAUCACUCCAGCAGUUGCUGUCUCCUCAGUGCGUCAGGUACAAGCUUCUCCUCCAUGAAACAAACAUCCUUCCAAUCAUUCCAGAGUCAGCUUUCACCCAGUCUGGAUUUGAACGGGUGACGGCUCUGCUUGUGCAUCUCCAGGUGCCUUUGAGCCAGCGUGUGCAGGAGGUGAUCUGCUGGCUGCAGCAGACCGCUCAGGAUCUGUCAGAAUCCUGGAGGGCUGUUGUGGGAUCAAGUUAUGCAGACAAGUAUCAGGUGAGGAGGACAGCGAGAACUCAACACACACUUUUGGUCACUUUGGAGUGGAAUAAAUAAAUCUGUUCUGGAUUUAUUUCUUUAGGUGCUUCAGAUGUUUGCUAACUCUGCUGAGCAGAGAAGAACCGUGAUGAGUCUUCUGGCCACAACAAAACGCAAUGCUGAGCUGAGACAGGAGCAGCUCACGCUGAAGACGGCGUGGGAUCAUCUUGAGGAAGAGGUGACAGAAUUCAUGACCUCUUUACAGUCUUGAAUUUUUGGCUGCUAACUUGUGAUACUUCUUAGUUGGGGAAGUACAAAGCAGACCUGGACCAGAGUCUUCCCCAUCCUCUGGACUCAGUUGUUGUGUGGCUGCAGCGAGGAGAGGCGGAGCUACAGAAAAAUGGAGAUGCAUCAACAAACCACGCAGAGGCUGCCAGAGAAGCAAGAGUCCGAAAAGACAAACUGAAGGUCAGAUCGGUUACAUCAAAACAAUCCCAUACGCUGAUGAUGUUGUUCUUCAACAUACAUAACAGACAAUAACUUCUUUUUUUCCAGACUUUAUUUGAGGAAAUGAGUCAUUACAACAACAUUUUGGAAUCUUUCAAAAACAGGGAUCCUUCAGGGAAUGCAGUCGUCCCUCCUGAAAAGCGUGAUGAGCUAAGAAAUCGGUGCGAAAUGAUCGUUUUCUAUUCAAACCGGUAUAAAACCCUAAUGUAUUUCAAUAUGACGUUAGAUUGGCCAACAUCAGAGUCACUGCUAAGUAUGACGGAAUCAAGCUGGAAUUCUGGGAAUCCCUGCACACCGUCCUGGACCUCCUGAACCACAUCGGUGCUAAAGUCCAGGCGUGGAAAGGUCCAUAUGGAUCUGAGGAGUCCGUUCACGCUCUGUUGCUGGACUGGCAUGUAAGGUUUUUUUUUUAUUUUUAUUUUAGGAAACAAUAAGUGAACUUUUUUACAAACUGUUUUUCUGUUUGUGUAGGAAACAGUCGAGAGACGAGGUCUGCACUUGAUUCUGAUGGAUGCUCUCCAGACUCUGAAGGAGAAGGCGAAAGCUUUCAGCGGAAAACCUUCUCUAGGUUCAUAUCACAUAUCAUAGCUCAAACGAGAUUUUUGGGUCCAUUUGAAUCCUUUUUCCUGCCAUUUUGUCUGCAGGUGAAGAGCUCCAGCAUGUAACCCGUCAGGUGAAGGAGUCUGAACGGGAAGCCGAGAUGGUUAAUCAGGCCGUGACCACCGUCAAAGGGACGAUGGAAAGAGUGGCGACUGCGUGGAAGACGUACAACAAACACCUGGCCGUUCUUCAUCUGCAGGUUCAAAGUCCUGUUGAGGAGGGAGAGGGCAUGAACGAGUGGACUUCACGCCACGCUCAGUUAAAUGAGGCCGGGAAUUUUCUGAUUGAAGCGACUGAAACGUCAACGAGCUUUGUUCUGACGGAACAGCUCAGCAAAGUCAACAAGUCAUGGGCUGAGCGCAUGAAGAAGACAGUGUUUGAGGUGCCAUCAGAGACUCGUGUCAUGAGUCUUCAAGCACUGAGCUCCAUGAUCCAGGAGGCCAGUUUGCUUGUGAGGAAACCAGUGGAAGUGGCUUCUGUCCCAUUGAAGGACAACAUACAGAAACUGCAGGUUAGUAUAGUUGAUGAAUUGGAGGAAAUAUCUGGAAGUUGUGUGUGA